GGUGAGUCUUGUUGAGUUGAUGGUUGCCAAGCCAUGGCGACUUUUAACAUGUAGCUGGUCCUUCAGCUUCAAAAGCCGCCUCUCUUGACUUGCCACAACACCACAUCCUCCCGCACACUACCUCACACUACUCCACAGCUUCUCGAUCCCCCACUACCCACCCUAACAUCACGACUACCACCCAACAUCAAAACUCACUACCCCCCAUCCAUACCAACCAUGUCUGAAGAGUGGGACUCCGUUACCAAGAUCGGCAAGAACGUUCGCGGCGGUGGAACCCGUACCACGGUAGCCCGUACACAGUCGGAGAUCAACGCCGCCCGCCGCAUGGGCGCCGUCGUCGGCACCGAGAAGAAGUACGCAACCGGCAACCAGAUCCAAGCGCCAGACGGGCAGCGGUUGACGAAGGUGGACCGCGAGAACGAGGUUGCGCCGCCGAAGAAGAUUGAUGCGGACGUGGGCAAGGCGAUGAGCAAGGCGCGCCAGGACAAGGUUCCGCCCAUGACACAGAAGGACCUCGCCACCAAGGUCAACGAGAAGCCGAGCGUCAUCAACGAUUACGAGAGCGGCCGCGCAGUCCCCAACCAGCAGGUCCUGUCGAAGCUCGAGAGGGCCCUCGGCGUUAAGCUGCGUGGAAAGGACAUCGGCACCGCGCUCGGCGGCCCCAAGAAGAAGUAGUGAGGGGUAGACGGUCCGACAAUGAAACGUCUUCUCGCUCCGAUUCUUCACUGUCCGCAACCAACCAACUUCUUUUGUUUUCUAGCGCCUUUUCUCUUUUUUUCUUUUCUGGGUUUGUGUUGUCUUUGUUUUUCCGGGAUUUCCUUUGUAGAACAAGGAAUACGCUCAACUAGGGAUGGAUGGGGUUUGGGUUUUAUGGCAGCGCUCUUUCUUGUGACAAAGGGACGGUGCGGACGGCAUGAGGUAGUGCGGGAGGGGGAGGACCUGAUGUACUCACCUACCUGUAGUUGUGUCUUCUUCUUUCUUACGCUGGAAGCGCCGUGGGAAUUGUAGAUGAUGAGAUGACUUCAGAAUUAUGAUCACUCGUA